UUGUCUAGUAUCAUCAAAUAAUCAUCAUCCUUCACAAUAUCAAUAUAUCAAACAGUUUGAGCUCAAGAAUCUCAAGAUGAUGGAGAAACUGUCUCAAAUUAAAACCAAGUUCUUCAAUUUCAAGAUCCUGAUACAACAACCAGCGGCUUCAUUAGCCUUUCAUAACCCAAGUCCUUGUCUAUCACCUAAACACAACGUUUCAAUAAUUCCCAAGGAAGCACGAAGAAAGCAUAGAGGUGGAAGCUUUAGUGCUAGUAGAGAGCCAUCCUCUCCCAGAGUCUCGUGCAUGGGCCAAGUUCAGGGCAAGAAGAAGAAUAAGAAGAGGAAGGCCCAGAAUUGCAAAAGGGUUCAGCAGCCUCCAGUGAAAGAUAAUGACCCUGUUCCGGUUCGAUGCGCCGAGAAGAAUAUUCUGCUGUUGAUUUCCAAAGGAAGUGAUGAGGGGCGAAAACAAAGUGGGAAAGCUUUGGUCUUGGAAGAGAAAGCACCAAUAGUGCCACCCACCAUGGAUGCCCCAUCAUUGGGCAUGAUGAAGAAACUUGCUAGUGGAAGGGGAUCAUUGUAUGAUUUUGAUGUUACACUUGCAGAACGGUGAUUAAUGUAAUUCUUAAGUCAAAUUCUCAUAGUACAAACUAGGAAGAAAAUAUGACCAAGAUGAUAUGAGUACUUUGUUGCUGAAAUUAAAUCAUAACCAAGAUUAUAUGAGUACUUUGUUGCUUUUGGCCAAACCUCCAUUUGAUGAUUUUGAUGGUAUUAUUUCAUUCAUUAAGGGAGCAGAUCAAUUUUUUGGAAUGGGGAGGU